AUGAUCAAGAGGAUCCAUUGUUCUCAUUUGGGAGUUGAAGGAUGCUUGAGGUUGGCCAGAAAAGCGCUAUACUGGCCAAACAUGAAUACUGCAGUAAGAGACUUUGUGUCAACAUGUGACAUAUGCAAUUCUUUCCAACCGAAGCAACAACAGGAACCCCUAUUGCCACAAAAGAUCCCUGAUCGACCAUGGUCUCAAGUAGGAGUUGAUCUCUUUGAGCUCCAGGGUACACACUAUGUCAUAGCUGUGGAUUACUAUUCCAACUUUUUUGAAGUAGACAAGCUCCAAGACACCUGUAGUACAACCGUGAUCCACAAGCUAAAAGGGUAUUUUGCACGUCAUGGAAUACCAGAUGAACUCAGAAGUGACAAUGGUCCUCAAUUCACUAGCAAGGAGUUUGCCAGAUUCGUGCACGAAUCGCAAUUUAAGCAUACAACGUCAUCAUCCCACUACCCACAAUCAAACGGAAAGGUGGAGAACAGUGUGAAGUUAUGCAAAGCACUAAUGAAGAAGGCGAUAAGGGCUAAAUCGGACAUUUAUCUAGCCCUUCUAGACUUUCGGAACACCCCAACCGAAAAGAUACACUCAUCACCAGCACAAAGACUAUUUGGCCGCCGAACUAAAACCCAACUGUCAAUGUCAAAGAAAUUGUUGAUACCAGAAACAGUACCACCUGGAGAAGUCAAAGGAAAUCUGCACAAAAGCAAAGAGUCUCAGGCAAAGUUCUUCCAUCAGAGGCAAAACAAUUAUCAUCUAUUGAGCCAGGAAACACAGUCCAAAUGAAACGGCCAGGUGAAAUAGAGUGGUCGCUAGCCAAGUGUCUGAAGUCAAUAGGACCAAGGUCAUAUCUAGUAGAGUCGGGAGGACGAAAAUACAGGAGAAAUAGAAGACAGCUCAGACUCACAGGAGAACAAUUGACCAUACCAAGACCUGAGAACCACACUGACGAUGAUGAUGAUCCACCAUCAGCAAUGGAAACACCAGCUAACACAUCCCAACCCACAGACACACCAGAGAGUCAACCCCAAGUAAUGGAAACACCAGUGCAGAAACGGGAACAGGAUCAACAGAGGAGGAGACCCAACUCAACACCACAACACAAAACCACAGAGACAAGACGAGGAAGAACGAUACACAAGCCAGCAUGGAUGAAUGACUAUGACAUGACGUAGUGUUAAUUUUUUCUUUGUUAAGUUUUUUUGAAAAAAGGGAGAAUGUAACGAGAUAGCUUGACAUCACCAGAGUGACGUCAUACUAGUAGUUGUGUUCUACCAGUUUGUAAGCCGGACACAGUUGUUAGCGCGUAAUCUUGUUCAGUUGUGUUACAGCUGCUACUGUUGUAAGCAAUAAACUAGCAACACGUCACAAAA